AUGUACACCUCAGCGUUAUACUACCUCUUCCAGAAUGCAGCAACGAAGUCCGUGACGCUGGACGAUAAAGCCCCAGACGGGGUGAGCAGCUUGUACUUGGGGAGCACGCGCUUGGCCGGCGACACGGAGCGGAAGAAGAUCAAAUACUCCAUCCCACUCAGCUCUGCCAUCGCCACGUUCAUCGGCAUUGGCAUCGUGAUCGCGUUCUCCUUCAUCGUGGUCGUCACCCCCAUUGAGCGAGUCAAGACGUCGAGAGAGACCAACUUUGCGGCACGGUACACCGAUUUACUGACCAAGGAGGAAUACCCACCAGAGGUUCACAACUGCGACCUGCGAGUCCCAAGCGGUGAGUUGUUCCCUAUUGAGGACUGCACAGUCGAGGGCAUCACGCUGCACUCGCUAGCGGAUGAGUCCGAGAAAGUUUAUCUGUAG